CGCGUUUGGUGACGUGAUUUAUCAAAGUCUGAUAACAAGAACUCAAAGUUAGAGAUGCACAACAUUUCUGAGUAUCUUUCACCGUCAGGAAAUUCCAUGGCUUCACUUUUUACUGCAAAUCCGUUUGGCUUUCUAUUUAAAUUAGGAGAUAGCGAUGAGGUAGGUUCCAGACAGUCUUCAGACUCCGGGAGCAUGGACAGGAACACCAUUUCAGAUCUUCAGGUACGAAUGAUGAUGUGGGAAUUCGAAGCAUACUUGAAUGGCGAUCACACGAAAGAUGGGACGCCGACAAACUCCACUUGCGAACUCGGUGAUGAAGGCUUGAAGCCAUCUUGCUUUCAGAACUUCACAUCUCUCGUGAAUUCGGGAAAGUCAAACACGUUCUUGAAAGAUCACCCAAGAAAGAGACUCAAGCUUGAGCAACUUUGCGGAGAGCUCCACUAUAAGAACUCGAGGAAGGUGAUGGAACAGUUCCGUGACUGUGUCCUCAGUGUCAGCCCGCCUCUGAAGUCGUCGAAGAUGACGGAACUGUUCGAGAUUAUCCUGAGAGAAACACUGGAAGGACAGAGGGACGCAGAAGCAGCGUGGCGAGCCGACCCUCGCAACAUGAACAAGCUGAGCACAGCGUACAUCGGGAGCAGAAUUUCACGUGCGGUGGACACUGUGAGCUCGCUAUUCAAUCAAACUUCUAGUAAGGUCAUGCCAGUUGUCGAUUUUCUCCUCGGCACCGAUGACGAUGAGGGCUCCGGAACGGACGACGGAAGACAAACGCAGCCACCCUUCAACGUGUCCGACAGCGAAAUGGCGCCAGGUUACGACCGCGUAAUCAUGCAAGGCGUGCGUGAACUUGAACGGCGCAGAGCAGGUGAAAGGCAACCCCGUUGCACCUUGAGAGUCAAUGACGAAACACAGAUCAAGAGUGACCAUGAAAUGCCAUGUGAUGGAACGUCUGGUAUGUCUCAGUUGCCACAUCCAGGAACCACUCCUGUUGGAAGCGAUUAUGUCCUCAAUGACAGAGGAUUUGCCCAGGGAGUUGAUAGAAACAUCAACAACUGCGCAGAUACCAUGGAUACUGAGAUCGAAAUGCAAACUUUCCGCAACAACGCGUUCACCCAUGACGAUAAAAUGAUUCUUAUUAAGAAAGAGAUGAAAGUCAAACGUAAACCUGGCAAAAUAAUGAAAAGAAUUACCGAAGGCUCAGUGUGUAGCGAUGAUGUAUAUCUCGAUGUGCAGCUUUAGCUUUCAUGACGAUAUGCUAGAGUUCCCUCGAACAUGAUAGAAUUAUUUGGUCCAGAAUUGCUCGACAAAAAUAUUCUCAGCUCUUUACUCUCCUGGGAGGUAGACGGGGGGGGGGGGUAUACAAAUGACAGAAGGUGUUGAGAAUACGAGUAUUGUGUUAGUCGCAAUGCUUUUUUAAAGGCAACCGUUGUAGUAAAUUUUUGCAAAGAAUUUCAGGAGCCUGGAAAUUCUAUCCAAACUUAAUUAAUUGAAUAUAAUAUGAUCCACUGUAAUUCUUUGAGUAUCGGCAAACACAAUCCCGUGAUUAAUAAAGCUUUUUAUCUCUGCAUCAAAACAGGGGGUUUCUAAUUAUCUAUAAUCCAUGAAGAACAGGACCCAGUAUUACCCCAAAAAUACGAUGGAUUCAAACUCAAAUUUCGAUUUAUUUUCAAUUGGUCCAAUGGCAAUUUGUCCAAUUACCAACUAUCUACUAUCAUUUGCUCUACCAUCAGUUCCUCCACUAUCUACAUGGUCUGAUUGCCAUUUCGUCCGCUCACCGUUUUGUCUAGUAACCAGUUGGUCUAAUAGCCAUAUGUACAAUUUGGUCUAAUCAGACUAAGUGCCAAUUAAUUUGGUAAAAUGAAUGAAAAGGAAAUGAGUAGGCCUGUAAGACCAACUGGUUACGAGAUGAAAUGGUCAUCAUGGAUUAUCUGGUGAUUAUUGGACCAAAAUGGUUCUUAGACGAACAUUUUAUUGGCGGAAUUGCAUUAAUUAUGAAGGUAGACUAGCUGUAAAUGUAAAUUGUUAUGAUAAGGGUCAAUGUGUCAUUUGAACUUUAAGUUCAGUAUGCAUAUUUCUUUACUAAUUAUGCAGAGUUUAUCAAGUGUUGGUCGGAUCGAUUUAUGGGGGCAGCGCCAUGGAAGGGAGGGCGCGCUAUCGGCCACUACGUUUCCUAUGAACGUGUUCAAAACUUGAAAAAAAAGCAAAUGAAUUGUGAUUCAGUGACUGUUCACCCCCCCCCCCCACACACACACACACACACACAAUCACACACACUUUAAUCAUCAUUUCGCACAUUUUUCUGGAUUGGAAAUUUUAGGCCCGCGAAAGUCGGGGACUUCACUAUGUUAACAUGGUUGAUAGGACAUCGAAUAUUUUCGAUCUGCUCGAUGUAUGUAUUUACAUAAUGUUCUAAAUAACAUCUUUAUUACCCAUAUACGCUAAUAUAUGCGUAAGUCCACCGGGUUUGGUCAAUAAAAUUACAAGAUGUCCAUGUAUAUAGGUAUUUACCAAUCACCACCUAUAGAGUGUAGAUCAAUUCACAUAAGCCUCAGAGUCGAUGUGUCAAUAUGAUAGGUCCAUGCUAGGAGACACAGAUUUUUAGUUCUGGAAUGUCACAAAUUAAUAUCGACCCAAUCCGAUGGACUUACCCUUAUAAAGUGUUAUAGGGGAUAUUAUGCCCGUCUUAAGGGGUGUUGCAAGAAGCUUGCGAUCAAUUACAAGUCUAUUUUUGGUCCCUCAAUCAUAUGUCUUGCAGUUGAUUGCAAAUUAGUGAUUGAUUGCUAAUCUGCUCCUUGGAGCAAAAAGUUUAAUAUGAUUUGCUACAGCUAACGUGGAACUAUCGGUUGUAAAAUUGCAACAAAAUAUUUGCAAUUGAUCGCAAAUAUUUUCUUCCAACACCCCCUUAGAUUAUGAAUAAUGGAAAUAAAUCUAUACAAGUUUUUGUUCAUUUUUUCCAUAUUGUUUUAUUCAAUCAUUCAUAGCAAUGAUAAUUUCUUAUGAAUAUGAAAUGCGUAUAUGCAUUUAUUUAUUUUUCUUUACUCUUUGAAGAAAUAUUCUGAUUUGAGUGAGAUGUGGGCUUACUGCUGAAAAAAAUAUUUAAAAAAUGAAAUUCACACCAAAAGAAUUGACUUGGCUCUCAAUAUGUAUUUCUUUUCAAUGUUUGAGUGGGU